AUGGAGGGGAUGUUACCCCCUGAUGGAGGCUGGGGGUGGAUGGUCGCUCUUGGUUUUGCCUUGAAUAAUAUCGUGAUGGUCCCGCUGAUCACAGGAAUGAGUCUGGUGUUCAUAGAUGUCUUCGCUUCUUUAGAACUCCCACCCACGAGCGUGUCAAUAAUAAUGAGCACAAAUAUGUCAUUCGGUAUGGCGAUGGGUCUAUUACACGGGCCGCUUCUUCGAAAAUUUGGGUACCGGAAAGUAGCAAUCACCGGAGCUUUGAUGUUCUUCACCGGAAUAUUGCUCACUGCUUUUUCUUAUAAAUUUAUCCAUUUUUUAAUAGCCUACGGGCUUAUGACCUCUAUGGGCGUCGGUUUGUCAAUGGCAGCCUUUUCUUUGGCUCUAAACACGUACUUUUUAGAAAAAAGAGGACGAGCGAUGGGACUUGCGAUGACUAUUACAGGUUUUGGGCCCAUACUGAUGCCACAAUUAAUUUCAUUACUCUUGUACAUAUACUCAGCUCAGGGAACAAUAAUUAUUCUCGGAGGAAUAACAAUGCAUACAUUAGUGGCAGCGUUAUUGUUACAACCUGUUAAAUGGCAUGCCAAGCGCCCGGUUACUGAACCCAAAGAUAAUGAAGAUAAACAAGAUGAUAAAAAAUUAAUAAUAGAGUCUAAAACUAAAAAUAUGAGCUUAGAAACUGUUAAGCUUGACGUUAGCUCUAAUAAUUUUGAGCUCAAAAGGACUCGCAGUAUCUCAAAUUUAAAUAUUGACGAUAAAGAUUCGCAGAAGGAAAUUGUAGAGACUGAAAUUUUGACUGUUGAUAGUCGCAGAAGAAGUAUUUAUCACUCGCAAUCGGCUUAUGAUAUCAUCGAGGCUGGUAAAGAUAAAAGUUUGAUUAAUGAACACGCUCACAAAUGGUGGACUUCAGGAAAAAGUGUAAAUUCAAUACAUUUAGGAAGUUGUCCGAUGAUUUUCGACGAUACAAUGAUCUACGGAGCAGUUUCAAUAGAUAAUAUUGAUAAGAAUGAAGAUAGUAUAAAACUAAAUGGAAAAGAACUGAAAAAAAUUGACGAAGAAUCAGGAUUGAAAGAUAAACAAGACGAAUCAAAAAGUGAACAAUCGGGAAAGUCGGAGGUCGGUGGAUGUUGUGCUCGUUUGACCCGCGUUCUGCAUAGAAUCGUUAAUGUGCUCGACUUGCGUCUGCUGUGCGACCCGAUUUACGUCAACCUGAUGCUCGGGCUGUCAAUAGCAGCCUUUGCGGAAAUAAACUUCUCCAUACUGAUGCCGUUUAUUUUGAACGAAAUUCAGUUCACCAAAGUACAGAUCGCCGCUGUAAUGAGCACCAUGGGCUUCGUCGACUUGAUGAUGAGAGGAGUGUCACCGUUCAUUGCUGAGUGGCUCAGACAGACUCCGAGAAAGAUGUAUCUUGUUAGUUUGCUGAUGCUCAUCCUCAGCAGAUCAAUCGUGACAAUUUUCUCCGACUUUACUUCCAUGAUAAUUAUGGCGGUUGGCAUAGGAUUUGCUAAAGGAUCACGUUCUGUAUUUAUGUCGCUUGUGGUACCUAGCUAUGUUCCCAUAGAAAGACUUGCUCACGCUACGGGGAUCCAAAUUUUUGUCAACGGCGUUAUUAUUGGCGCACUUAGUCCUGUACUAGGAAUAAUCCGUGAAGCUAAAGGUAAUUAUGUGCCAUGUAUAUUCCUGAUAAACUUGAUGUCAGCGAUAACAAUUGUUAUGUGGUCAGCAGAAAUGAUCAUCAGUAGUCGGAGAAAAAACGGAAAGAGCAAAGAAUACAAAGCUGUAACUUAA